GUGAUAUGUACUUGAAUGAUAUCAGUUAGCCAAGAGCUUUAGUCAACAGCAGUUCUGUCCCUCGAAGCGUCUGUUGUUCUUUUCAAAUAACUAACGCCAUGUGGAUAAAGAACUACAUUUUUCUGAUUCUGGUUGGUGCAGGAAGUCUUGUGAAAGCUCAGAUCAGCUGUCUGCAGUGCUCCACAGACGAUUCAGGAUGCGAUGAAGGCACUUUGGCGCCAACGAGUUGUCCCACGCCUGACGACAGCUGCUACUCGCUUACCCUAUCCGGAGGGUUCAUUCUGGAGAGAGGAUGCCUUGCGGCACUGUCGCCUGUAGAGCAAACAAAGUGUUCCGAUUCGACGGAUCGUACCUGUACCGUGUGUUUGGAAUCGGGUUGCAACAGGGCCCGAUGGCACAAGUGUCACCAGUGUUCCAAGUCGAGCAACAGCAUGUGCGCAUUUCAUCCCAAUCGGGUUGCUUUUUGUCGGAACUUUACGACGGAUGAUCGGUGCUUCGCCAAAGUCGUUGGAGAUGAAGUUAUCCGUGGCUGCCAGUCAGACCUGGACUUGUCUGAAAACCAAAAUCCAUGCGAUGGGAACAAGUAUUGCCUGACCUGCGAGGGAGACUCGUGCAACGGGGCCGAUCAGGAUGUGUUGAAAACAGUAACCAGGUGCGUUCAGUGUAAGGAAGGAGAUUUCCGGUGCAUCGAUGGGACCACCACCAACAGUGAAUGCGACGAACGGGAAGACAGAUGCUACAUCAAGAUGUGGCGAGAUGGUGAACUGGAUCGCGGUUGUGUGAAGAAGCUCAGCCAAGAGGAACAGGCAAGGUGCAAUGAUGAAUCGGACAGAUCUUGUUACAGUUGCUUCGGUCGGCAGUGCAACAGUCAUCGAUGGUUGAGAUGCUUCCACUGUGCUCCAGGGCAAAACGAGACCUGUGCGGAAGAGCAGACGAAUGUUGCGCUUUCGUACUACUGUGGAAGUUUUGAUCUGGGUGAUCGGUGUUUUUCGAAGUUGGUCGACUUUGAAGUUACGAGAGGAUGUGCAUCAGAUCUUGGCAUUAACGUUGAUCCGUGUGAAGGAGUUGAUACAUGCGUGGCUUGCUCAUCGGAUGGAUGCAAUUCUAUUUCAGAGGCUUACAUAAAGUAUGCUGGACAUUCCAAGCGCUAAAACGCUAAAUAAUCAAAUAAAUCUUUGAAUUGAGGAA